UAACUUUAAUACUUUGAGCGAUGAUAUUUAUUUAGAUGAUCAGGAUGUAUCUGAAGGUUCUGGACGGGGAGGAGGAGAAGUUCGAGACGAUUUAGAAGCAUCAGGUAGUGGUCUCGGACCUGAUGAUGAAGAUGGAGAUGAAAGAGACUAAAAAACCAGAUUUAAUUGAUGGACCCAAAAACAAUAUUGAAACAUCUCGACAACCGAAUAACCUUAAAGAAUCUGAAAUGGAGAGUUCCAAUACCAGUGAUGUAACAAUAAAUUUACAACAUAAAGGAAGAACAAGUUCUUUUUUUGCUCAGCCUGGUGUAUUAGCAGCUAUCGUCGGAGGUGCAGUUGUAGGCUUACUAUGCGCUAUCCUCGUUGUUAUGUUUAUAGUUUAUAGAAUGCGCAAAAAAGAUGAAGGAUCUUAUGCUCUAGAAGAACCACGACGAUCACCAGCUACUAAUUCAUAUCCAAAAGUUGGUGUUCAUGCAAAUAAUCGAGAAUUUUAUGCCUGAAUUUUUUAGAAGAAUAACAAAAUUGAUAAGAAUGAUUUUAUAGAUUUAAAAAUCUAAUAUUCUAUUGGAAUGAAAAUAGCAGAGCUAACAAAUGAUUGAUUCAUCGUCAAGCAGCCAAUGAUAUUUCUAUUAUUUUUAAGUAAAAUUAAUUCAAAAAUAAUCAAAUAAAUAUU